UACAAUUUAUUUCUUAAAAAAAUACAAUUCCUAAAAUACCGUCGGUUUUUUGCUUAUCGACGAAAAUAGAAAACAAAACCCAAAACCCUCCUCAGCGACUCCUCACAUCUACAGUCUACACUACACGUUUUUUUGCACAUACUCGGAAUUCAUUCACUCUCAGAAAAUCAGAAUCAGAAAGCUGCCAAUCUAUGCUCUCCCUGACCAAACGAAUCCAGGCCUUAGCCCCAUGCCUGCGCCCCGCUUCCCAGCAAGUCCGAUGGGCCCGGACUGACACGGGCACAACUAGGAGGCCUAGACGGGCAGCUCUGGCCCCGGCACUAGCAAAGAAGGCGGAUGAGAAAAAAUCGGAGUGGUGGGUAGUGGACGGUGAAAUGCAUGAGGUUGGUGAUCAUGUGCCUCCACGUGAGCGCUUUGUGAUCCCAAGGGACAACAUUCCCAAUAAGCGCCGCAAGCAGCUCCGGGAGCAGUUCAUGCGCCGCACUCGCCUCAUCAUCAAGGAAGCGGAGCAUGAGCCCUGGUGCAACAAGUACAUGCAAUUGUAUCAGGAGCUUAGAGAGAAUUGGGAGAGGUUGUACUGGGAUGAAGGCUACUCCAAGAAAAUUGCACAAGAUCAUGCUAACUACGAGUCCGCCGAAGAUGAUGAUCAAGAUUUUUCUCCUUACAGGAGCAGGCGAUUAGCUGCUGAGCCAAUGAAGGACCAGGGUUUCGGGAGGAACAGGCAAGGUGAUAAUUGGGAAAGGGUCAGCCAAAUUCGGGAUAAGUUUGAAUUUGACAGGGAGAAAAGAAUGAGAGAUAAAGCGUUUGCACCCAUGAAUGGAGGAACUACUUCUGAGUUACCUGAUACAAACUCCUGGAAGCAACCAUUUGAUGCUCAGAGAUACUUUUCACAUAGUGAAAGUGACUGAUAGAACUCUGUAUACCUAAAGAAAGAAAAGGAGAAAAGUUGGGACAAUUUUCCUUCAGUCAUUCUCUCACUAUAUUGCUGCUGGUAUCAUUGCUUCAGUCAAGAUAGCAACUGGAGCCUGCCAUUACUGUAGCAAAGUAGCCAUAUCUCUUCUUCUUUUCUUUGUUGGAUGUAUGUAGAUUUUUUUUUUUUUUUUGGGUGGGGGAGGGGGGCAUCUGGGGAGUCUUUGAGGUGGAAAUCUAAUUGAAACUGAACUACAAAAUAUUUCCCAGCAAUAUAUAUAUUAUGACAUGUAAACUUUUGUAUCCAUAACAUGAUGAAAGGUCUUGUAAUGUAGCUUUCAUAUGUUAUUAAGAUUCCACUUGGAUGGGAAGAUGGAAAAUUGGGAGAAUAGAAAAAAGUUUAGUUUUCCAACA